AUGACGAUCGCUUGGUGCGUGCGAAGAGCGGAAAUGGUCUAUAAAUGUGUGAAAGGCUACUUAAUGGAGGUAUGUGGUGUUUGUGGUGGUUCUGCGGUGGGUGGUGGAGUGACCAGCGUUCCACAUUUCAACAUUCACCUAGUCUUGCCGUCAGGCCUCGCAGAUGGCGUAUAUCAGCAGAUAUCAGCAAUGUUUCCUACAAUUUUCCAUCUUGUUCCCAGUGUAUCAAUGGCAGUACAACAACCUUAA